GUUUGUGAAUUUCCACCAACCCAUUUUUAUGGUUUAUGAUUUUUUUAUUUUAAUCUGUUGAUUUACACAACAUGCCUCGAUGUUUUAACCUGCAUGUCGUCACGUGUAAAAAAAAACAGUUUUAAAUUUUAAUGGCUUUUCAUGCAUAAUUGUUUGCAAGCAAUUUCAGUGUGAGCCGAACUGAAAUAUGUGACAAAGUGGCGGAAAUGCAUGAAAAUGCAUCGGGAUACUCUGGCAGCAUUUUAAUAGGUUGCAGCGCGCCAGCCGACAAGUACAGACAUCAUUCCUCCGCGAGACAAGCGCGUGGACAGACUGCCUUUCCUCUUUAGUUCGCUUUCGCUUUUAUUUUUUCAACAAACACCGGCAUUUUAUUCAGCACAUUAUUAAAGGACCAUGUCCUUUUCUCUUGUUUUGAAAGCCAAGCGUGUAAGUCGGAGAUUUGUGUUCCAGUCUUGAUUAUUUGUCUCGGUUGCUGGAGGUGUUUGUGCAAUUGAAGUGUGUCAUCAUCUGUGCAUUUGUUUCUCUCGUGAACAAGAGCAGAAAGAUGCUCGGGGAUUCAAUCGAGAGAUAAGGCGGCUUUUUCGCAAAGCCAGGACAUUUUCAAUCAUUUUCUUGUGAUAUCGCGCGGUUUUUGGACCUACACUUGGCGCUGCGUUUUUUCCUUCUUCUUUUUUUAUAAGGUUGUACUAUAGACUACAAGCUCUGACGUCUGCAUCAGAUAUUCUCUGCUGCAUUUCUUUAAAUGUGCAUUUUUUCUCCCCAGUGACUCUGAGAGGAAAAUCUCGACCAUCAGCAGUGGGGGAUGCAGAUUUCCUUUGGCUUUUUUUCACCUCCACGCACCCCCAACCUAUACAGCUGAGGGAGGAAAAUAAAUACAAAUAUCAAAUACAGUGGAGCAUCCCCCCCUCUUUGAAGGAGCAUCACUGGAGCCAUGGCUGGUCCACAGCUUUGGACCUGGAAACUGCGACGACAGGUGUAGAAGACGACUGAUUUCCUUCGUUUUUUUUUCUUUUCUUUUCCAUCGUUUUCUUUGGUUUGGGGGUUUCUCCAUGGUUUGCCUCAAGAAGACUUUCAAGCACUUUGGCAGAAGCUGAGAGAGAUGUCUGAUCUUCUGGUGUUGAUCGAGGGGGUCUCUGACCUGCACGGAUUUCCAUAGCUGAAGAAAAACAGCUGGGACCCAUUAAAGAUCCUUUUCAAGCAUCUCGUUUUGCUUUGCAGGGCCAUCACACAUGUGUGCAUCGGUGGUUUGAUCGCAGUCAUUCAUUUGGCCUUUUUUCCUCCCAUACCCUUUUGUUGGAUUCUUUUGAUUGUUAUUAUUUUUAUCACAUCAGUUUGGAGCAAGGCGGUUGGAUUACUGAAAGUGAAUAAACGGAUUUGUGGAAAUGUUGGGUCCUCAAGAAGACAAAUUAUGUGGAAUUGUUUCUGCUCUGGCAGCUUUGUCCUUUGUCUGCUUUGCACAAAGCACCUCCACCGGACAUUCCGGAAUAUCUGUGGCCAAGACGACAGUGGACAAAUUGCUAAAGGGGUAUGACAUCCGUCUCCGGCCUGACUUCGGAGGUCCUCCAGUCAUCGUGGGAAUGAGCAUAAAUAUAGCCAGCAUUGACUCCAUUUCAGAAGUCAACAUGGACUACACCAUCACCAUGUAUUUCCAGCAGAGCUGGAGGGACAAGCGGUUGGCCUACGCUGAGAUGGCUUUGAACCUCACUCUGGACAACCGUGUGGCCGAUCAAUUAUGGCUGCCAGACACCUACUUCCUGAAUGACAAGAAGUCCUUCCUGCACGGCGUGACGGUGAAGAACCGAAUGAUUCGUCUCCACCCAGAUGGCACUGUUCUGUAUGGACUGAGAAUAACCACUACAGCAGCUUGCAUGAUGGAUCUGAGACGAUACCCCCUCGAUGAGCAGAACUGCACCCUGGAGAUUGAGAGCUAUGGAUACACAACAGAUGAUAUUGUGUUCUUCUGGCAAGGAGGGGACAGCGCUGUGACAGGUGUGGACAAACUAGAACUGCCUCAGUUCUCCAUUGUGGAGUUACGUCUUGUGUCCAGAGAAGUGAGGUUUACAACAGGUUCAUACCCACGGCUGUCGUUGAGUUUCCGCAUUAAGAGAAACAUUGGCUACUUCAUCUUGCAGACCUACAUGCCCUCCAUCCUGAUCACAAUCUUGUCCUGGGUCUCCUUCUGGAUCAACUACGAUGCCUCUGCUGCUCGUGUGGCCCUGGGUGUAACUACGGUGCUCACUAUGACAACCAUCAACACCCACCUGAGGGAGACCCUCCCAAAGAUCCCCUACGUGAAAGCCAUCGAUGUCUACCUCAUGGGCUGCUUUGUCUUUGUGUUCCUGGCCCUGCUCGAAUAUGCCUUCGUAAACUACGUGUUCUUUGGACGGGGACCCCAGCAGCAGAAAAAGAUCAACGAGAGGCUGAACAAAGCCAACAACGAACGCCCCCGCUACGAGGAGAAGCGUCUGAGAGAACAGGACUCCAUUUCAGCGCCGUUUCAAAGCAACACCCUCAGGUCAUAUACACAGAGAAGAAAUCUGUAUCUCGAGGAACAAAGAAAAGUCGGGGUGGAUGCUUACGGAAACAUUCUUCUCACCACUUUGGAAAUGAACAACGAGGUGAUGCCGUCCGACGUCGGAAGCAGCGUCAGUGACUCCCGCAAUUCCGUCAUGUCCUUCGACAGCUCCGGGGUGCAGUUUCGCAAGCCCAUGGCUUCGCGGGACGGGUUCAGCCACCACUCGUUGGACCGCAGCGCCAUGCGCAGCCGCGCCAACUGCCGGCUAAGGAGGCGCUCAUCCAAGCUGAAGCUCAAAAUUCCCAACUUGACGGAUGUUAGCACCAUUGACAAGUGGUCCCGGGUCAUUUUUCCUAUCACUUUUGGAUUCUUCAACCUUAUCUACUGGUUGUAUUACGUGAAUUGAUAUGCGUUCCACUAGGAAACAUGGGCCAUAUUUUGAGAGCACAUUGAAUUGGCUUUGAUACAAUUGGAAAAUAUGUGUACACAUAUAUGAAAAGUUGAUACAUAUGUAUAUGCAUAUUUCUAUAUAUUAUAUUUCUAUAUACACAUGCGUGUGUAAAAUCUAAAGGACUUUUCUGGUGUAAAAAAACGUAUUAUAUAGAAUGACUUGAAUGUUUAAGAAUAAUACAAGAGAAACAUUUCAAGUAUUUGAAUUUCUUUUCCUUCUGAAACAAACGACAAACAAACUAACUAACAAACAAACAAACAUCAAUUCCCCGUUCGAGGGUACGGAACAGAAGACUGCAUGAUAUUUUUGCUAAAAGAAAAGAUCGUAAGAUAAAAAGGACACAUCAGAACGUCUCAUCUGCUUUUUAUCGAUACUGUAAUCAGCCUUUCCCAACCGCAGCUCAUGAAAUCAGAAGUGGCUUGUGUGUUUUGGGGUGGCGUCAAACCAGAAGAAUCCCAGAUCUGACCCACCGCUUUCCCCUCCCCAUGGAAUAGACUCACGGAAAAGUCCGUUUCUACACUGUACAGCAACCUCUUUUGGAAUUAUGUGUCAUUCCUUGAUUUUGCAAGCGACAAGCGUUCUCUUUACUGGACCUCAGCUCUGGUCUAUAUGGUUUACAAAGGACGGCUAUCUUGAUUUUAACCAAUGCAUCCUGCCCAGAGUCAGUACGUUUUGGUUUUCUCUCUCUCUCUCUCUUCCCUUUUUUGGCAAUUCUCUUUUCUUUCGAGUUUGGUCUAAAGGUAUAAUCGUAUUUUUGGAGGGCGUCACCCUAACAUGUUUUAGAGGUAGUUCAUUAAUAGAUAAAUAAGCCACUGGUAUGCUUCAUUCAUCUGGAAUUUAAGAAAAUGUAGAAAAAAAUAAGAGUACAUUCAUUCAUUCAUCCAUUCAGUAGCCUUAUUGACAUGGUCAAGUAGUAUUAUUGUUCUUUCUUUACUCUUGUUCCUAGUGCAUUUCAUCUGUUCUAUUGAUACAGCAUCUUGUAGAUCUUUGUGUUGUUUGGAGUGGAAGGGGGAACCCUUAGUGAGCUGUAACGUCUCUUCAGAACUUGGAUUCGAAGUUAGUCCAUCAACUAUGUGAAAAUGUACAAAACAAGGAAAGAAAAGAUUAUUGUGUAUUAAACAGGGGAUGUGACCACGUUUUUAUCUGUUUCAUGUUUAAGUCGAUCAAUCCGACCAUAGUGUGACCUGAUAUUGUAUAUAUUCCGACAUUGUAGUGAUUCAUCCCGAGAACGAUACGCACCGAUGUUUUAAGUUUCUCUAAAAUGUGCCUGUUUGAAACCUGAAGGAUGUGUCCUCAGUUCAUCAAUCGGUGAAAGAGGGUUCGAACGACCCUCGAUCUUUGACCUUUCACUUUAAGCACUGCAGACCCACCCACAGCUCUGAUGUUUUACAUCUUGGGAUUGAAUCUCGCAGAUGAAUUACAUCGGCAUAAUCAGGAAAAAAAGCUUCUGAGUUUUAUCGGGGCAAAAUGACAUGUACUAUAAAAGCCAUGAACUGAAGUGACAACCAAAAAGGCCUAUAAUCCAUUUCUCUUUUUACCAUUUACCUCAGAUUAACCCGACACCACUUUCUUUGGGCUUCGCCUCAUUAUGAUUUACCUCGACAUUUUCCGGGGAGGGUCUGUCACCACGCCACUGUCAUUGAGGUCACCAUUGAGAUCUCAGUCUAUCUGCUGGUCAAUACGACCUCCCUUCCAUCAUUCCCAUCAAUUCAUCUACCGUCCAUUUCAUCCAGACCUCGUCCACGUAGUCUCUAGAUGUCUCAAUGCUCAGAAUAGGUCAGUUGAUGGGAAAAGCGACUCACUGUGAUGUUGGAUCAGUUUUUGAGGAUCUAGAUUAGGGUUUAAUUGCUAGAAAACUGGGCAAGGAGACAUUUAAAGAGCAGGUAUGGUCCAGUGGAGGCUUGGGAACAUGAAAGCCCUAGACUAUGUUGAGUUGGAUAUUAUUGUAGAGGACAUUCUGAGCAGGCCUCAGACCUCAGAGCUCAAGAUAGUCCUCAGGCUCUCGGUUCACAUCGUACUACACCCGACCUUUCGACGGUGGGACAAGAGAAACCGCCAAACCACAGAUCAGUCAUUCAUACAGUAUGAAAGAACAAUGGAAUCAGGGACAACUGACGAUAUAAAAGAUUACGUUACUUGUCAGCAGAUGACUACAGAAGCAUAUUUGAGGGAUUUUCACUUUUUGUGUUUUUUUAUUAUUAUUAUUAUUGUGAGCACGACCAUAACGCCUGUGCAAGGGAGUUGCUACUCUCACGUGCAAAUAGGGAAAUGCACAGAUAUCAAGUGUAGCAAUUUUAAAGGUACGCGUAAAUCUGCACUAAAUGAGGCUGGAGGUCAGAGUGCUUUUUGUGAGCAUUGCUCGAGAUGUUACCAGUGUUACGGUGGUGCCUUGGCCAGUUAUAACUCCCAGUAGGCAUUGAAGAUGCUGCAACGCUUUGCCAUUGAACGUUCAAAGGCAAAGAUUAGUUUAGCCAAGUCAGAAGAAUUAGGUAUCUUGGACUAUUAUAUAACCCAUGUGGUAUAGAUAUGAAUCUAUAAUGUAGACCUGUUAAGCACCCAUUUCAGUCCACCUCUACUAGUGCAGUAUUUUAGUUUAGUUAGCGAUAAUAACAUGACAAUACCCAUUAUGUCAUCAGUUGGUUACAAAGAAAGGCCUUGGAUUUUUUUCAGAGACUGGAGCAAAGAGUUUGCAUCGCCUUUGACAUAAGGGGAUGUCAGAAUAGGCAUGCCUUCUAGGUGGCAUAUGCUUUAUUAAGCGCCAGCUCCUAUUAACUCAUAAGACUGCACAAUAUGACCAUUUAAAGGAUAUCGAUAUAUUUUUCUAUCAGAUAUUUGUGCUCUAUAAAGUUAUCAAUCAGUGUGUAUGUAAGUGCUCUAUUUUUUUCUCUUUGCGCAACUGAUAAUAGAGCAAAAUAAGCAUAUACGGUAUAUAGUGAUCAUAACCUGUGGUUCGGUAUAUUAUCCAUGAGUCUAAUGGAUAAUUAGAAAUCCUUAGAAGUAGUUAGUACAAGGUGUUUCAUAAAUACAGUAUAUGCACGUACAGUAAUUUACCGCCAGUUUGCUCCAUAGCUUGUUUUAGACUACACAAAGUCCCCGGCACUGUACAAUUUUACUCUGUUUAAUGUUCGCAGGGUACGCUGAAACACUACUGCUCCACCAAGAGUCGAGUUUUUAAGUAGAGUAAGGAUUAGCUACAUGCUAAUGCAGUCAUACUGUGCCACUGACACUUGCUGGAUGUCGAAUUCGCUCAAUUUGCUAAAGCGGAUAUUGUGUUGAUCAUAUGUCCAUGUAGCACUCUGUUAGUUCACAGCGAGCUUACACCUAGAAUCAAUUUUUGAUAGGAUUCUGGUUUUUGUGGGCAUUUGUCCCUGCAAGAUUUGCCUUAACGAAAUCACUAAGCAUUUUGUGAAAUAUUUCAGAGCAAUACAAUGCAAACACAUCACAAAGUUUGUGAAAGAGUUAUACUCUUUCAAAUCAAUUCAAGCCUUAAAAUUUGUUUUAGAGCAUUAGGAUUUGAACAUUUGACUUUUGGGGUGCAGUUUAGUUAGGCCUAUUAGUAGUACGUACUUGAGAAAAUAGAGUAACCAGUUCGUUUUUGCAGUUUAAUGAUUCCCACUGCUAAAUCUGCUAAAAAUACAUAUGGGUUUAGAAUAAACUUCAAUUUUUCAGACAUUACAGCUAGAACUACACACACUGUAAAAAAAUGCAGCAUGAAGUCAAUUCAAGCUACUAUCUUAAGUUUUGAACCUUGAUUAGUUGACAUUACUUAUAAAAACAAGUUGAAAUUGUUUAAUAUAAUUUAAUAACAUAAUAACAUAAAAUAUUAUAAAAAUAUACACAUGAUCUCACGGAAAGUCGUCUUAUAGUCACAAAAAAAUUUAAUUAUUUAUGUCCAUGGCACCAAAUUCAGCUUUUUCAUUUUUUUGGUGGCACGGAUUUCUAUAAUUAGUUUUUCGUGUCCAUGGCACGACAUUUUGUCGUGUCAUUUUAUGUAUUGUUUUCUCAUUGUUUUUUCCCUAUUUUUAAAUCAUUGUCGCUUGGGGUUGGGGUUAGAUUUGGGGUUUGGGUUAGGAUGUCUAAAAAUGUAACAAAGCGAUUCUAACCCCAACCCCAAGCGACAAUGGUAGGAAAAUAGGAAAAAACUAUGAGAAAACAAUACAUAAAAUGAAACGAAAAAGAAAAGCGUGCAACUGACAUGAAAAACUAUUUAUGGAAAUUCAUGCGAGUGACACGAAAAAGAGCUGAAUUUCGUGCCAUGGACACAAAUAAAUUAAACUGAUUUUUCGUGACUAUAACAUGACUUUCUGUGAGAUCAGUCUGAAAUAUAGCCAGUGGAUUUGACAUCUAUCUUUACAGUGCAGCAAGCAAUUUAUAUAAGGGACAGUAAGUAGGGUUUUAAGUGUUUUAUUAAUCAAAAUCAAAAUUCUUUAUUCAUAAAUACAACCCCAAAACAGAAAAAGUUGGGACACUGUAGAAAUUGUGAG